AUGCUUCAGAUACGGCUUAGCAAGGUUCCAUCCUCAGAAUUUGGUGGAGGGGCAAAGCCAUUGACAGUGGACAGUGUGACAGUUGCAUGUCCUGAACACCUUGUCCUUGCUGAUCUUCCUGUAGCCAAGAGCGUUGGUUCUGCAACUGCUGCUUCCCUUGUCAAGACUGUAGGUCGCAGGUCCCGUCGCCAACUUGGUGAGCGAGUUCAUUUUUGUGUCCGAUGUGAUUUUCCCAUCGCCAUAUAUGGACGUCUGAGCCCUUGUGAGCAUGCAUUCUGUCUGGAUUGUGCCAGGAGUGAUUCCAUCUGCUAUCUCUGUGAUGAACGCAUUCAAAAGAUUCAGACGAUCAAAAUGAUGGAAGGGAUCUUCAUCUGUGCAGCCCCUCACUGUCUCAAAUCUUUCCUGAAGAAGGCUGAAUUCGAGUCUCAUAUUCAUGAGAGGCAUGCUGACCUCCUUCAUCCUAAUGCAGAGAAAGAUGGAAAUGAGUCGGAUGCUGUCAGUGCCAAAAGAACUAUGGUUUCAGAUUCCACUGUUCAAGCACCACCCAGGCCAGUCUUUUCUCCUAGUUCAAACUCCCAGUUUCAUGAUCGUGAAGACAAAGCUUAUCGUCUGCAGCUCAGAGACCAACCACCUUCCUGGCCGGGCAUGCAGCCAAAGCUCACACCACCAGGGCAAAUCCAAAAUCUACCAUCAGAGCCACAACCUGACAACAAUGGACCCCAAGGCUUUGACAGAUCAGGCCCCCCAAACCGUUUUUCCCAACAGAGUUUUGACUCACAGGGUAGCAUGCAGCAAGAUUCUGGUCAGUUUCCAGACAAGCAGCGAGGGAUCCUAUCUAGGACAGCUUUUCCUGAAUAUCCUAUGCAUCCCCAUCAGCCUCCUAAUUUUGCUGUUCCAAUUACUCCAAACCCAGGUCUGGUUCCCCCUCCAUUCAAUUAUCCUCCUUUUGCACCUGAUGGAGCUCAACCGUACUAUGGUGCUCCCUAUGAGAUGGCACGGCCAGAUUCAGCACCAGAAGUUGGAUCAGAGCAAGGAUCACUGUUAGGUUUUCCACCAGGUCCACAAGGAGGCAUGAAUUUUUCAGAAAAUUAUCCUCGACCCUGGAAUUUUGGACCAGUUGGUGUGCCUUUUGAACCUUCUCCUUCAGCUCAAGGGAUUUUGAACAUGUCAGAUUCUCAAGGAAGAGUUGCCUUCUUUCAAGGGGAUUAUGGGCGGAAUUCAGGAGCUUUGCCUUCAAACCUGCCUCCCCUACAUGCGGGAAAUAAGGGGAUAGAGCCCGUGCAGGGUGGAAAUCCCAUGGAUGGUGAGGGUAUCUUGGCGCCACAGCCUUUGCAGCUCCCGCCACCACCUCCUUUACCUCCUCCCCACAUGUCACAACUCAACCAAGGUCAGUUUUAUUCUGGUGAAAUGGGUCAUGACGGACAGAGCUUCAGGUGGCAGCAUGAGAAGCGUGAUAGCUUUGGAAGUGGGCAAGAUUAGUGAAUUUGUUGAUUUUCAUAUGGUUUUGGAUGUACUUUUCUUCUGAACUCGUAGAACACCAUUCUAUUACAUGUGGUUUGUAUCUUUUGGUUCAAGGAGAACCCAUGUCUCCAAUUACUAUCCUUACAUGGGAGCAGGGUUACAC